UGCGUUCGACUGUACAUUCGCCAGUGACAUUAAUAUCGCGGGCGCGACUCCACGUCUCUACGGGCCACGAGACCGCGCGAUCGCGAUAUAUGUACCGAUUUAAUUUUAUUUGAAUAAAAUUAUAAUACAUUGAAACUCUUCUAAAAUAACAACUUAAAAAAAGAAAUAAUUAUUUAGAAACAAAAAAUAUUUUUGGCGGUUUGGUAUAAUGAAAUUGGAACUUAAAAACUAAACGUAAACUUUUUUCUGAAAUUAGUGAAGUGAACUUUAUAAUGAUGAUGGCCAGUGCAAAGUUGGUGCGGGACUGUAGUUCGGACCUCAGCUCUGAAGUGCGGUCGCUGUCCGUGGCCUCUUCCACGGAGGAACAGGAUUCUACCACGACGGAGUCGGAGUACACAGAGGAGGAGAAAGAAUAUGAAUUAGAGGACUUACAAAUAUUAAAAACAAUCGGCACCGGGACCUUCGGCCGGGUGUGCCUUUGUAAAGACAAGGCUGCCGACGAGUACCUGGCCAUGAAGAUCCUCUCCAUGGCUGACGUCAUCCGCAUGAAGCAAGUUGACCACGUCAUGAACGAGAAGAACAUACUUGCAGAAAUCAACCACCCUUUCAUUGUAAACUUGCGGUGGUGGACACAUGACGACUCCUGCAUCUACAUGCUGUUUGACUACGUAUGCGGCGGCGAGCUGUUUUCGUACCUGAGAAACGCCGGCAGAUUUAGCAAUAGCAUCGGGAACUUCUACGCAGCGGAAAUAGUGUCAGCUUUAGAAUAUCUUCACGCUAGAAACAUUGUCUACAGAGAUCUCAAGCCUGAGAACCUCCUUUUGGCGAGGGAUGGACAUCUAAAAAUUACAGAUUUCGGAUUCGCCAAGAAAUUGACAGACCGGACGUGGACACUAUGUGGAACGCCAGAGUAUCUUGCGCCAGAAAUCAUUCAAAGCAAAGGGCAUAAUAAGGCGGUGGAUUGGUGGGCAUUAGGUGUCCUGAUUUAUGAAAUGCUGGUCGGCUACCCACCCUUCUAUGACGAUAAUCCUUUCGGUAUUUACGAGAAAAUCCUCAACGGACGAGUGGAGUGGCCCAGACAUUUAGACCAAGUUGCCAAGGAUAUCAUCAAGAAAUUGCUAGUUCAAGAUAGAACGAAAAGACUUGGAAAUAUGAAGUGCGGUUCGGAAGAUGUUAAACGGCACAGAUGGUUCAAACACAUCGACUGGGCGGACGUGUUCAUGAAAAAAUUACAGCCACCGAUAAUUCCGGCGGUGUCGUACGAAGGUGACACGUCAAACUUCGACGAGUACCCCGAGACCGACUGGAAGGCCGUGCGGUCCCUAGAUCCAGACGAGCUCAAACUCUUCGCCAACUUCUGAUGGGCUCGUCCGACCCACUAUGGAUAUAAUUAGAUAAUCUAUUAUUAAGUCAGAUCAAUGCGCCACGGAGAAGAUUGUUUAUCUUCAAUGUCGUCACAGGUCUAUGGCCUAAAAAUAAUAUGUACGUCAUUGAUACUCGUUAGCGUCUCCUCCAGCAUGGCUUCUGACAGCUCUUAAUUGUUUGAACUAUUUUAGGAACACUGUUCAAGCGAGUCACUGUAUGUACAUUGGCGACUGUAAAUAAUGUGUUUGAAUACUUGUAGGUUGUGAUUGAAAGAGUGUAUGAAGAUGUGUAAUAACCGUCCGAUACUAAAUAUAAAUUAUAAUGUACUAGGUAUUUCUUUUGACUGCAAUUAGUGGGAGUUUAAAUCGGCUGUAAGCAAGCAUUUUAGAUUGUUGACUUUUGGCACCAAAUUCAAAGUACGUCAUGAGCGAAAAUAUACAGGUUUAGAUCUACUAAAUUCAAACCUUUCAACUUUCUUGUAGUGCGAAAGCUCUGUUCAGAAAUAUUUAGAUAUAAAAGUUGUAACUACAAAGAAUUUUAAAAUGAUGUGGCGACUGUGAGUGAGAAAAUGGGUUUAUCGUUGUCCUUAUACUAUGUGGCUCUAUUUAGUUUUAUUAAUUAAUGGUAUUAUGCUUAGAUCACUUAUAUUCAUACAAUAAGUAUGUUCAUUAACAAACGAUUCCAUUAAAUUUUUAAAUGAACACGUGUGUACAAAAAUACUUUACAAAAACCUAUUAUUAAAUCAGUAAUGCAUUUAUUUAUUUGAGUAUUAAUUGUACAUUAUAAUAUUAAACGUAUGUUUUAAAUUAUCUGGUUUCUUUAAAUUUUAUAAUAUUUUCAGGUGAAAAUCCACCAAUUGAUUAUUGUUGAAAUUACCUUUCGAUGCUUUGCAAAUACACUUGCUUCAGAUAAAACUAUAUGAUAAAUGUAUUUAUUAAAGUCAUUUUGGAUAAAAUCACGCAACAAAAUUCCAAGGCUUUCUAGUGCAAAUUGUAGUUUAUAAAAAUAGUCUUAUUUUCGUGAGUUAAUGAUGGAUUAUGUGUUUAAGAUGAGAUCUACUCGUAUUUUUAUAAAUUGAACAUAGUUUGAUUUAAGGUAAUAACUUUGAAUACUACGUACAUAAGUACGUAGUAUCCAAAGUCCUUUAGACGCUAUAAGUUAUAAGACAAGUUUUCUACUCGUAUUUAGUUGCCAAAGAGCUAGAGUAAAUAAUAUGUUUGCAAAAAGUUUAUAUAAUUGCACAUCAUUUAAUACGACUUAUUUUGUUUUUUAUAAAACUAAUAAGAAACAUUCGUAAAGAUGUCUGUCUUGUGAUUUAGUUGUUCAUCAAACCAUGUUUAGUUUAUAAUAUAGCCACAUUCUUAUGGAUCUUUAUUUAUUUAACUGAUAUAAAACCAACUACUGAUUAUAUAAUUAUUGUAUGAUUUGAAACAUUUCAUAUUUUUUUUAAAUAUCUGAAAAUAAAAGGGAAUAUUAAAAUAACUCUUUUAAUCAUAAAAAAUAUUUCCAGCCCCUUUAUAAAUAUUUGCUGUUGUGAUUUUCAUUUAUUUUAUUUUAUUUUAUUUUGAAAUAUAAGUGUUAUUUAUUUUAAAAUAAACGUAGAUAGUUUCUAAUAUCAAAUUGUUUUGUUUCUAGAUGAAAGAAAGUAUCGCACUUUGUAAAAAACGAUGAUGAUACGUGAUGAAUUUUAAUUUAUUCGUAAAUUUGAAGAGUUAUCAUUAUUUUUGAUAGGUCAUGCUAUCGCCAUUAUGAUAUAUUAAGUUCUGUAAUCAUUUGCACAUUCAGGACAAGAAAUUUAAUUUGCACAUUUUCAUUGAAAAUAUCUUGUGUCAUAUGCACGAUCGUUAUUAAUAUAACAGGGUUUGUAAAGGUUAAAUUAAUAGGUAAUAAUUUGUAAAUACACGAAAAUAAAUGUGUUGAUAACAGA